UUGCAAAAAAAAAAAAAAAACGCAGAAGGAGCAAGUGUUCGAUUCCCGCGUUUCUGCCACAACAGCACCAGAGCCAAUGUCGAAGGCGAGAAGAAACUCGGUCUCUGCAACGGCUCUCAGCCCAAAAGUAUCACCCAACUCCGAGCAGAAGAAUCCGAACACGAUAACCCGAACUCCCACCACAAUCCUCUCUUCCCCGCUCUUCAAAUCUGUGUUAUUGCAUGAUUGGUGGCUGGUAAGGGCUCCUCAUGGGAAGGGUUUAGCUGUUGGAGGGGUUGCUUCGUUAGAGAGAGUAGGAGUAAGAAUCUUUUGCUCUGCUGCAAUUUCCCAUAGACAUGAUGCCACCACUCUUGAUACAAUGGAUGGCAUAAAAAUUACAAUCAGUGGUUUCAUAAAUAGGUCUCGGACACAUCAAAAUGGUUUUCCAUCUGAGGUAUGCAAUCGUUUCCUGCUUGGAUUUCCCUAUAACUGGGAAGAGUAUGCUGUUGGUUGUUCCGGGGAAGACUCUACUGACAGAGGUGUUUCAACAAGGGUUUCUACUUCUGAUGACUCAUCUUUGGGUUUCAGAAGAGAUGGAACUUUUCCAUUUUCUUUAGAAGAUCUCCCAGUGACUAGGAUAGGUGAUCUUUUAAUGUCCACUUUCGGAGAUCGAGAACAUCGUUUAAUAACAAACAGCAUUUACAAUGAUAUACUGGGAAAAUCUAAGGGGAAUAGUCCAAUGCAAAAUGUGAAAUCUGGACUAAAUGACACUCCAUUUUGUCAAAAGGAGAUCGAGGUUGAUCGUAAUUCCAAAAAUGAUAAUAGUGGCUUCAAUUCAAGGGAUAUGACAGGAGUAGAAAAUCAGAAAUCUAUUUGUCAUUCUGAGAUCAGUAUGAAUGUCCUCACCUCAACUAGAGGUGUUUCCACCAGAAGCAUGACUAGAUUGAAGAAUUCUAGAUUGGAACAGGAAGACAGACUUUCACCCGACACUCACACGAAGCGUAACUAUAGUGAUCAGGCUACUUCGUCCAAUGCUGCUAGAAACAUAAUUGAAGUGAGUGUGCCAAGAAGAGCUACAAAGGUGAGCCGUCCAACAAAAUUAUUUGGAGAGGAUAAAUGUGUAUCAGGAAUUUCUGAUGCAUCUGUCAGAAGAUCAAGCAGGAGGCUGAUGAAUAUGAAGAAAUGAUAUGCAAGGAAUAUGUAUUUACAUUAAAAGAAUGCCUCAAAUGUACGAUAAUCACAACCACAAGUUGACAUUUAAAUGCGUUUUUCCUUGUGUUUCAUAAUAGUUUACUUUGUAUCAGACAUUGUAUUUAGUGUAACUAACUCUUUUUGUUCAAAACAUACUGCCACUUCCCUAUAUUUACGAUCUUUUCAUUUGUUGUAAGAUGACAAAGGCUUGGAGCUCC